ACUAUAAAAAAAAAAAUUCUGGCCUACAUAAGCUUAUCGUGGACAGCAGCUCACUGGAUCGGACCCUUUUCGUUCUCAUCCAUUAUAUAGAGCUUGGUUUGGAGGGAAUCUGUGUUACAAAUAAAUUUUCAUUUUCCUUUUUUAAAUUUUCCACUCAACGAUUAGCACUGAUUUGGGGGGGAUUUUUUCUCACGAUCAAACACUCGCAGCUCUCUCGCAGGCGCUGCCGAGAAUUCCCGUCAGACCUUUCCUCCGGCGACUUUCCGCCCCUUUUCACCUUCCUUAAUCGUUCCUGAAAUUCAUGGUGAAAAAGGCAAGAAUGAGGACGCAUGCUGAUGCAAGUAGGUCUCACGAGGCUAAUGAUGCAGGGGUCAGAUCUUUUCCGGGAGUUGAAUCGAAUAUUGGAACCCUCACCAAUGCAGUUACUACUCUUCUUGGUGCUGUGGAAUACAUAUCUCUGCAACUCAAUGAGGUUUCAUAUACUGUGAAUGGUAUUGUCAACAAUGGGAAGAACCUAGAUUCAACCUGUGGUAAAUCAACUUCCGGAGGUGUCAUGUAUGUUGAUUCGAAGCGAGACAUUGUUGGGGAGUUCCAUCAUUUGAAACAGACCGCUAAUGUGGCAGAGUACCAAGAGAAGUUUGACGAAUUGAAAGCCUUGAUGGUGAAGAUGGAUUAUGGACUCUCCCAAGGUUAUUUGAUUUCCAGCUUCUUGAGUGGGCUCAAGCCUGAAAUAAAGCUUUCAAUUGGGAAUCGAAAACAAGAGACUCUUUACCAUGCUUUCAACCUUGCUCGCAUCGAGGAGAUAAAAAUUGAAGUGCUGAAAGCCAAACUGAUGUCUUUGGAUGGGAAUGAGGAGAAAGUGUUAUCAGGUGUAUUUUGGUCCUGACCACCCCCAAAAAUUUGGAGCCUCAGUUGGAGAGAAGGCAGUAAAAGUCUUAAUAUCUACUGGAAGUGCAUACAGCUAUCUGGAUUCUUCUUUGGCAAUAACAGCAGGGUGCGAGAUUGAGGAAGCCGAACCAAUACUAGUGGACUUCUAUAUGCUUGGGUACAAGGCAGUAAGCCGGUACAGGUGUCCAAGGUUCAGUUGGACGGUUAAGGGUCAUGUCUUUCUGAUGUGAGGAUAGUCGAGAUAAAGGCCGCUUACAACAUUAUGUUGGGCACAGAUUGGGUGCAAGAUAACUAUCCAUUGUGCUUCUCUUCUGGUGGGAUCACCGUGCAGAAGGAUGGAAAGGAGAUAGUGUUGUUGGAUACUCACGAAUCAGCUGAGACCUAACCGAGCAAGCUGAUGUGUGUGAAUGAAAAGGCUGGUUUGCCACGUCCUGUUAUUUGUGCUGCUGCUUUGAUCACUGGACCACUGGUUAUAUAAACUGUUGCUUUUGUUCUCGCUUUUAGUUGACAGAUAUUGUCCAGUGUGUUAGAUUUCAUUUCUUAUUUCACUCAUGAUCUCUUUAGCUUUAAUAUUUUUAUACGCCAGACUUGCUACAAUGUUCUUGCUACCUAGGUGUCUCUUCAGUGUUCUGCACUUUCAUCUCAACUUUCGGCUUCUGUUAAGUUCUUUAUGGUUAAGGGUAAGUCAGCUAUCCCUAACAAAAUGAUGGUUAGUGCAUUUGUUAUAACUGUCCACGAAUUUCAUA